AUGGACGCUCGUACGCAGCAGGAGCAGUACCCUGCCGUGCCGUCGGCCAUAGCAUACCCAGCGACCAGCACACCUGGCGCCGACGGUGCGCUUCAGAGUGUGAGCUACUCGCCCGAUGCCGCUGCAGCGGCGCCCAUGCGCCAGGCGCCUCCGCCGCCGCCAGGCUACCCCGGCACGUCAAAUGGUGAUGUGCCCGACGACGUGGAUGUGAACGAGGUCGUCCCGCGUGGCUUCGGCCUGGGGAACAAGAUGCAGCGGGGCACGAACGGUGAGCCGCUGUGA